CCCUUGGCCCCUUUCCUUUCCCUACUCCAGAGAGCCCUUCCCACAGCCGUGGGCUGAGGGGCUGCGCUGAGGGGACGGGGAUGCUGCCGCCCGGGCGGGCUGGGGCAUGAGACCCACUGCAUGGUGGGUGAGGAGGGGCGUCAGGACUCCUGGCUGGGUGCGGGGCUCAGCAUGGCUCUGGAAGCCCUGAGCAUGCAGCCCUAGCCCUGGAGGGGUGGGCGCCUGCUCCCCAGGAGAGCUGCCACCAGGCAGGGCACAUCAGUGGCCUCUUCGCCACCAAGCCCCACUCCUGAGCAGGUGGGUAGCCGCAGAGCAAGCGGGGAUGGGGGCAUCUUCCUCACCGUGCACAGGCUAUGCACCAUAGGAGGUGGUCCCAGCUGCCCCAGACGCCGAGCAGCAGGGCAAGAGGCAAGAUGGGGGGUGCGGGCAGGGAGCAGGGGUCCUGAGCUCCUGUGGAGCCCCUAGGCAGCCACAGCCUCUGGCUUCAACUCCCGUGACUGAGACAUGCCGUGGAUUUCCUGACCUGUGCCAGAUUCAGGACACGCUCCAAGGAUAUGGGACUCCAAGUUUAUCUUCUGCUUCUCCUCCCACGGCUGGCAGGAGCCAUACUGGACAUCACCCUGAUCGCCAAUGUGCAGAGCCUGUCCCACUCCGACUUCUACCUCUCCUGUGUCAUGGGGGAGCACGAUGUGAGCUACCUGCAGAUUGAGCGGGAGAACAAGAUUGUGAUGACACACCCCAAGACGAGCUUCCAAAACUACCGCAACCACAGCAACCACGUCCAGGCCAGGGGAUUCUCCAUGGCUGACCUGGUGGGGAUCCUCUACUGCAUGGGGCGCACCCCAUCCGAGCAGGCACAGGUGGUCUAUGUGCACAACAGCCACAACGCCCACCUCUUCCCAGUGAAGGUCACACAGUCUGUGAAUGUCGCCGAGAUGGCCACCUUCUCUGCCAGGGUCCUCAAGAGGAAGGAGACGGACGUUAUGUGGAAAAGAAAUGGCACCUACUACCAGACCACAGACCGGGGUGAGGUGAGGGGUGACCUCGUCACCCUGACACUCCCCAAUGUCAGCGUGAGUGAAAAUGGGGUCUACAGUGCCACAUUCAUGGGUGACAGCCCUCUCUGGAGUGCCUUCUACCGCCUGAUCGUGCGAGCCUGCCCUGCGAAGAAAUGGGGACCGUCCUGUAAGAAGGACUGUCCUGACUGUCUGAACGGCGGUGUCUGCCAUGACCACGUUGGUGAAUGCAUCUGCCCUCCUGGGUUCAUGGGCACCCGCUGCGAGCGAGCCUGCCAGGAAGGCCAGUUUGGCCGCAACUGCCAGGAGACGUGCCAGAGAGCCCAGGGCUGCAGGGGGCUGAGCUUCUGCCUGCCGGACCCCUAUGGCUGCUCCUGCGCCUCGGGCUGGAGCGGCUCCCGCUGCAGCCAAGCCUGUCCCCCGGGAUACUACGGCCCUGACUGUGCCCUGGGGUGUGCCUGCCAAAAUGGAGGCAGCUGUAACCGCUUCAGCGGCUGCAUCUGCCCAGCGGGCUGGCACGGGCAGCACUGUGAGAAGUCAGACCGGUUCCCCCAGAUCAUCCAACUGGCCUCAGAGCUGGAGUUCAACCUGGGCUCGGAGCCCAUUGUCAGCUGCGUGACCACUGGCAACCCACUGCCUGCCAGCGACAGUGUGGAGAUGCGCAAGGCUGAUGGCACCAUGCUCAAGCGCAUCAAAGCCAUCAUUGAGCUGGGGAAGAUCACCUGCGAGUUUCAAGUGCGGCACCUGACGAAGGCAGACACGGGGCUCUGGGAGUGCCGGGUCUCCACAACGGGGGGCCAGGACAGCCGGAAAGUCAAGGUCAACAUCCGAGAGCCACCAGCGCCACUGACCCCCCCACGGCUGCUGGCCAAGCAGAGCCGCCAGCUCGUGGUGUCACCUGUGGACUGCUUUUCUGGUGAUGGACCCAUCGUGUCCAUCAAGCUGUUCUACAAGCCCAAGGACGACACCUCAGCAUGGUCAUCCAUUGUGGUUGACAAUAGCGAGAACAUCACCCUCAUGAACCUCCGUCCAGUGACAGCCUAUGUCGUCAAGGUGCAGCUGAGCCGGCCAGGGCAUGGUGGAGAGGGCAGCAAGGGGCCUGAGGCCAUCAUGGUGACUGAGUGCCUUGAGCCCACAGUCAAGCCUGUGAUCGAAGGCUGGUCCAUAGAGGAGAAAAACACACUUCAUGUCAACUGGAAAUUGCCAAGUAACCACGAGCCAGCACAUGGGUUCAUUGUCCACCUCUUUGACUCUGCGAGGCGGCUGGUCUGUGAGAAAAACAUCACGUCCAUCUCCGUGCUCUCUGCCCGCAUCGGGGACCUGGAGUUCAACAAGGAGUAUGGGCUGGAGGUGCUGGUCUACCACUGCACCAGCCUGGGUCCCCCCUCUGACCUCUACAAGGUCAUGAUCAACAGCAAAGGGCCCUCCUCCCCGCGGUCGCUCUCAGCAGAGUCUGUGUCUGACACUGCUGUCAGGCUCUCCUGGCAGGUCCCCGAGUACCCCAACGGGGGCAUCACCAAGUACAUUGUGGAGCUGCAGCAGGUGGGGGGCACCAGUGAGCCUCAGUGGAUUGACACCGACAGCGGUGCUGAGACCACCAAGAUCAUCGGGGGCCUCAACGCCAGCACCAGCUACCAGUUUCGUGUACGGGCCAACUCCCAUGUCCCAGGGGAGUGGAGCCAGCCUGUGAAAGCCAAGACCCUGGGGGAUGGAGCGCUGAGUGUGCCACCCAGCCUGGGCAGCCAGAGCACCGAGCAGGCAGGAAUAGACCAGCAGCUGCUCUUGGCGAUCGUCGGCUCCGUGUCCGUCACCUGCCUCACCAUCCUCUUUGCCCUUCUGGCUCUUUUCCUUAUCAAGAAGAAUUUUUUCCACCGACGCCGCACCUUUACGUACCAAUCUGGCUCGGUGAGUGCUGCCUGCCCCUCCAGGACCGUGUCCCCAGCUCCCCACGUCCUAGCCCGAUCCAGGCCACGCUCCGUAGCCUCCAGUCCGGACGCAUCCAGACCUCACUUCCACAUGGAGAGGGGGGAAGAAACUAUCCUGCAGUUCAACUCGGGGACCCUGACUCUGACACGCCGGCCCAAGCCACAGCCCGAGCCCCUCAGCUACCCCAUCCUGGAGUGGGAAGACAUCAAGUUUGAGGACAUGAUCGGGGAGGGCAACUUCGGGCAGGUCAUCAGGGCCAUGAUCAAAAAGGACGGCCUGAAAAUGAAUGCAGCCAUCAAGAUGCUGAAAGAAUUCGCUUCAGAGAAUGACCAUCGAGACUUUGCUGGGGAGCUGGAGGUACUGUGCAAACUGGGCCAUCACCCCAACAUCAUCAACUUGCUGGGUGCCUGUGAGAACAAGGGCUACCUGUACAUCGCCAUUGAGUAUGCUCCCUACGGAAACCUCCUCGACUUCCUCCGCAAAAGCCGAGUCCUGGAGACAGACCCAGCCUUUGCCAAGGAGCAUGGCACUGCCUCCACCCUCACCUCCCAGCAGCUCCUCCAGUUUGCUUCAGACGUGGCCAAGGGGAUGCAGUACCUGAGUGAGAAGCAGUUCAUUCACAGGGACCUGGCAGCCAGGAAUAUCCUAGUGGGAGAAAACUUGGCCUCCAAGAUUGCUGACUUCGGCCUCUCCAGAGGGGAGGAGGUCUAUGUGAAGAAGACAAUGGGCCGCUUGCCAGUUCGCUGGAUGGCCAUCGAGUCCCUGAACUACAGUGUGUACACCACCAAGAGUGACGUGUGGUCAUUUGGCGUCCUGCUCUGGGAGAUUGUCAGCUUGGGGGGGACACCAUACUGCGGGAUGACGUGUGCCGAGCUGUACGAGAAGCUGCCCCAGGGCUACCGCAUGGAGAAGCCACGCAACUGCGACGACGAGGUGUACGAGCUGAUGCGGCAGUGCUGGCGCGACCGCCCCUAUGAGCGCCCACCCUUCGCCCAGAUCUCCAUGCAGCUCAUCCGCAUGCUGGAGGCCAGGAAGGCCUACGUGAACAUGGCCCUGUUUGAGAACUUCACCUACGCGGGGAUUGAUGCCACUGCCGAGGAGGCAUGAGGCUGUGAUGGCACCGCUCAGAACAGCAACACUGGCCCCAGCCUGCUGGGACAGAGCUGUGGGGACAAGUGGCUGCUUGUCUGCUGCUGUGGCCAAGCAGCCAAACACUGCUGCCCCUUCCCGAGAGCGUCUUCCCUGCAGCAGGACAGUGACAUUCCCUCCCCGGCUGCUCACCCAGCAUGCGCUGGCCACGCUGGCACACUGCCAGCCACCGACACAGCCCCACGCUGCUGGGGAACACGCUGGGAUGGCCCCCAAGGACAAGCAGCAGCAGGGUGUUUGCAGCACAGCGGGCAGGAGAGGGGCUCUCUCAGGAGCCAGGGUGCUGCCGCCCGAGCCCACGGACACAGAUGCCCAGAAUUUGGGGUGAGAGGGAAACAGCAACCUGGCAACUGCCUGCCCUGCAGCUCUCAGCAUGCUCUGGGCUUGAAGUGGUGCCGGUGGGGCUGUGAGCAUCGCUGCCAGCAUGGGAUGGGGCCACUCCAAUGGACACAAAGGGACAGCAUUAGCUGUGCACAGCCUCUGGCUCUGUGGAAGCCCUUCAGAAGUGCCAGCUCUGCCUUAUGGACAAUAAACAUAGUGCAACAGGCAAACGGAUCCAGAGGAGGCGAGGUGGGGUCCCACUUCUGCCCCCCUGACAGCAGUGGGGAGAAGGAUGCAGGGGCCCAAUCAUCUGCCACUGUGGUGAGCACUCCUCAGGUUCCUGUCCUCGUUGGAGUCCUCUGAUGACCCCCAGGGAUGCCCCAGCACCCUCAGACAACCCCAGGUCUCAUCAUGCCAUGGGGAUGAGUUUUCUUAGUAUCCAACUGGGAUCUCUCCCCCCAGGACUUUGUCCUGUCCCCAAGGGAUAUGGAGAACAGACUAUGUCCAUCCUCUGUGCAGCCACCUCUUGCAUGCUUGAAAACUGUUCCUGCAGCUUUCCCUUGGCUGGCUGCGCUCCACGGGGACAGCCCUGCUCCUCCAGCUGGUCCCUGCAGGGCUGCACAGCUCCACACCCAUCCCACCCGGGCCAGCCCUCGCCUGCCCAGCACCACACCCGGGUGUCAGGUCACUGCCCACAUCUGGUAAGGGACCAUCAUGUUUGACCAGCCUGUGAACGUGUGCCAUUGGGGUGAUCCUCUCACGUGUGCGGGUCCCUCGGGGAUCACCUGGCCUCUGCUGACCUUCCCACGAGAGCUCCUGUCCCCGGCUGUGGUCCCUCAUCCUGCACUGCUGCUGUGUGCUGUAUCAAGACUGGGUGGGCUUCAUCUGUAUUGGCUCCAGCUUGCUAAGCCCUAGGCGUGCCAUCCAGCUGCCCAUCCAGCUGUCUUCCGCGGUCCACGGGAAGCAAGGUCUGCUCCUCUGGAGCCCAGUAUCCCAGCUGAAGGCAGGAGCAUUUGCAUUUGCCCUUCUGGGCAAAAGUCUUUUUUCUUCAGAAGGUGUUUCAAUGCUGUCAAUACCAUUUUGAUUUCCCA